CUGCUCUUGCUAGGUCCCUUGAAUCUGCACAAAAGGGUCUCUGAGUCCACAGAGGUUGGGCUGCAUGACAACUCCCAGAGGAAAUGCCAGUUGGGAUGGCUCGGGAUCUGGAGGAAACUGGCUCAUCCUCAGAGGAGGAGGAGGUUGUAGAUGGGCUGGAGGAUCAUCCGUGCAUCAGGUGGAUUGGUGGCUGCAGGCGGAUCCCCAUCUUGGUGUUUCAUGCUGAAGCCAUUCUGACUAAUGACAGCUACCUCCGCCUAAUUGGAGAACGUUAUCACUUAUCCUAUAAGAUUGUCAGAACAGACAGCCGCCUGGUCCGAAGCCUUCUGACUGCCCAUGGAUUUCAUGAGGUGCACCCCAAUAGCAGUGAUUAUAAUCUCAUGUGGACAGGAUCACACCUGAAGCCCUACUUGCUGCGUUCCCUUACAGAUAUUCAGAAAGUCAAUCAUUUCCCUAGAUCAUAUGAACUGACAAGAAAAGACAGACUGUACAAGAAUGUCAGUCGUAUGCAGCAGACCCAUGGAUUCAAGACGUUCCACAUCUUACCUCAGACGUUUAUCCUCCCAGCAGAGUACCAGGAGUUCUGCAAUACGUAUUCUAAGGACAAGGGCCCAUGGAUAGUGAAGCCCGUGGCCUCUUCUAGGGGUCGAGGUGUCUACCUGAUCAACAAUCCAAGCCAGAUCGUCCUGGAAGAAAACAUCCUGGUUUCUCGUUACAUCAGCAACCCCCUGCUCAUAGAUGAUUUCAAAUUCGAUGUGCGCCUGUAUGUUCUGGUUACAUCCUAUGAUCCACUGGUCAUUUAUCUCUACGAGGAAGGACUGGCCAGGUUUGCAACAGUGAGGUAUGACCAGGCAUCCAAGAACAUUAAAAACCAGUUUAUGCAUCUGACCAACUACAGCGUCAACAAGAAGAGUGGAGAUUAUGUCAGCUGUGAUGAUCCUGAAGUAGAGGAUUAUGGAAACAAAUGGAGCAUGAGUGCAAUGCUGAGGUACUUAAAACAAGAGGGGAGAGACACAGCAGCACUGAUGGCCAAUGUGGAGGACCUGAUUAUCAAGGCUGUACUUUCUGCUGAGCUGGUCAUUGCCACAGCCUGUAAAACUUUUCUUUCACAUCGUAGCAGCUGCUUUGAGCUGUAUGGUUUCGAUGUCCUUAUUGAUGCUACUCUCAAGCCCUGGUUGUUAGAAGUGAACCUAUCCCCAUCGUUGGCCUGUGAUGCUCCUUUGGACCUGAAGAUCAAAGCUAGCAUGCUCUCAGAUAUGUUCACCCUUGUAGGCUUCGUAUGCCAGGAUCCAGGCCAGCGGUCAAGCCGGGCCAUUUAUCACUCAUCUGAAUCUGUCAGGAGAAAUCCAUACCAAAAGCCUCAGCGUCCUGUGUCUGCGCAGUCCCGACCGACAAACACCAGAUUGAGAGGAAAAGGGCAAAAAUCUGGAUUUGCACUGUCUCUACAGCGUGCCCGUCCUCUGUCGGCCAGUGAUGCCGAAAUGAAAAACCUAAUGCCCUCAGGCAGGGAAAAAGCAACAGGAAGGCAAGGCAGCUCUGUGCUAGGUCUCUCCAUGGAGGAGAUAAAAGUUCUUCGUCGCGUGAGAGAGGAGAAUGAGCGGAGAGGAGGUUUCAUCCGAAUAUUCCCUACCCCAUUAACAUGGGAUCUUUAUGGGUCCUUCUUAGAGCACAAGACGACAAUGAACUACAUGCUGGCUACACGUCUGUUCCAGGACAGGGGCAAGAUGAAAAGAGACUUGGUCACUGGGAGACCCCGAGCCAGUCUUUGUGGAAGGCUGGAUAUGAAGCUGGAAGCUGCGGACUCUAAUGCUCUCUUUUAUGAGAGGAAGCUCGUUUCACUGGAGUUACGGAAGCGCAGGCGAUGUCAUCGCAAGGCACGAGUGGCACAGACAAGAUCAUCAGGGACAUCAAAACCCACAAAGCUAUCCCUCAAGUCAGACACAGAGCGUGAGGAGGAAGAGGAGGCAGAUGCAGAUGAAGAUGAAGAGCUAGAUGGAACUGCUGGCUCUCUUUUGGACACCCAGGUGAAAAGCAAGACAAAGGUCUCUGAACUGGUAAAAGCUGCUUGUCAAGAGAAUAUACCGAAAAAACUUGACAAGAAGACUGGAGGAGAGCAGUUUCUUGAAAAAACAGAGGCAGAAUCUCAAUUUAACCUGUUGCAGAUUCUUCAAGAGAAUGGAAACUUAAGCAAAGUGCAGGCUCGCAGGGCUUUCUCUGCCUACCUACAGCAUGUUCAGUUGCGACUGAUGAAGGAGGCUGGUAACCAGAUCCAGAAUGCUGCUUGGGCUGCCAAAGAGGAUGAGCAAAUGGAGCUUGUGGUACGCUUUCUGAAGCGAGCAGCUAGCAACCUUCAGCAGUCCUUGAGGAUGCUGCUUCCCAGCCGGCGUCUAGGCCUAAAUGAUCGUCGACGUAUCCUGGCUCGCCAGCUGGGCGAGUUCAUAGUCUGCUAUAAUAAGGAAACAGAGCAGAUGGUUCAGAAACGAUCAAAAAAGAAACAGGAAGAGGAGGUGGAGGAGGGAGUGAAUGCUGAAGGUUUUCAGAACUUUAUUACCAGGGCAAGUGAGAGUGACCUGGAGGAAGUUCUGACAUUUUACACGCACAAAAAUAAGUCAGCAAGCGUCUUUCUAGGAACGAACUCUAGAACCACGAAAGCCAGCAACAGCAGCAACCAGUUAGAGAAUCAGUCUCAAGGGGAGAGACCUGAAGUGACGAAAGAAAUAAAAGGUGAUCAGGCCCGAAGUUCAGUUGCAGAUCUGCCUGCAGAAGGAGCACUAAGAGGCUACAAACCCAAAGAAGUUAAAUCAGCUUUUCCGGAAGGACCCACCUUGUCCUUAGAUGUUGAAGUGAAAUUACCUCGUUGUGGCCCUGCUAGUGUUUCCUCCUUUGUUCCUGGUGCCACUGCCCAGAGAAGUACCAGCUCCCAGUUGCCGUCUCAGCCUGCAGCCUCUGAAAGUCCACAGAUGCCUGAUCACCAUUCAUUGCUGGCUCCUCCCAUUGGUCCCAGACUGAUUCAGUCCCCAUCCUCCCCACCUUCUUCUCAGAUCCAGAGCACAGCCCUUGACAGCUCUUCUGUCUGCACAAACCCUGCCUCCAGUGAGGCUUCUAGCCUUGCAGGAUUACAUCGUUGCCAUUCUGGUAGCUACAGUGUUGGCCCAUUCUCAUCUUUUCAGAGAGCUGCUCAGAUUUACAGCCAAAGAUUGUCCCGACCAUCCUCUGCAAAAGCAGUAGGUUUGUGCCAUCGCAGUCCAAGUGGACCGCGUGUGGGCUCAGCCAGGACGCACAAAGAUGCAGAAGAUACUUCUUGCCAUGGCAAACAUUAUAGCCCUAGUAUGGUAGCAGCAGAACUACAGCAGCUGGCAGAAAAGCAGGCAACCCGUCAGUAUUCUCCACCGAGCCACAUCAGUCUCCUUACCCAGCAGUUUACAAACCUGAACUUGGCAAGUGGAGCUAUAAGCAAGGGGAAUGCAGCCUCCCCACCAAGCUACCAGUCAACACUCAACAGAAGAGGGCCACUGUGGGCUGUUCAGUCAGACACUCACAUAGGUGACAGAAGGUCUGUCUCUUCAGCAGUCAGGGCUCCGGAGAGUGAUCAUUUUGCCUGGGAAGAGGAGUUAGAGAGCAGCGUCUACAGCAAGGUGACAGGGAGUCAGCUGGCACAUCCCAACAAUCAGUUCCAUUUUGCUGUGCAGCAACUUCAGCAGCAGAAAAUUCAGUCUCGACAGCUGUUGGAGCAAAGCCAAGUUCGGCACCAGGCUCUGUUUGUCAACCACCCGCAAUCCAGCACCAGCCAUAUAUCUAUGUCGGCUGCUUCUGCUGCCCGCAAGACAUCAAGUACCACUUCCAGUAUCCAGAAGGCAGCCAGUGUGCACAAAGUGAUGCCAUCCCAGAGUAUGCCUUCUCAGCUGGUUCCAAAGCCUCCAGCAAACCACAGGCAGGCAGUGGUCAGAAAGGCUGCAACGCAGAGGAUUUCCAAGGUGACCUCCACUGAAAGGCAGCUAAAUGGAUUCCAGAACAGCCUUAACAGUGCUGCCUCCUGUGAGCCAGGGACAAAUUCCACAGCCUCUACUCACAGUGAAGAAGUAACACUGAACACCAGGUGAGGAAUCCAGGGCAUUGCUUCCAAGUGUGGGCCAAAGGAAAAAGCAGCAGUGACUGCUCAUACCACCAUACUCCCCAUAACACCCAGGUGAUGAGGAGCCCCUGCUGAGAGGAGAGGAGAGUACCUGAACAUCUGUGGAAGCUGGUGAUACAGGUGCAAGCUGAGGUGAAUGGUUACCUCUGACAGCUCCUGCUGCUGAGCUUUGGGGUCCCUUCUUCACAUCUCUUCCUGAUCACUGCCCAUAACAUCUUUUUGUAAGACAGAGGUCCUCGAGCUGUCUGUAUUGUUCUUCCAAAGGUCCAAGUUUGAACAUAAAUCUCUUCUGCUCAGCCAUUUGAGUCUGUAUUAGUCUUGUCACAGGAAAGAUUCUCUACUCUCAUUAUAUGGCAACCAACGGCAGAGAAGAACGUUAGACCGUAUGACUAGAGACGUUCUUGUUGGUUGCCAUCUUGAAUUUUGGCACAGAGCCAUGGAAAUGCUCAGUUUGAAUAAAGUCAUUUCAUGUGUUUGUUUUGGUUAUAAUUUCAGUUAUUAAUUCUCAGCCUCAAAAUAUUUGCUCUUAUAUUGGACAGGAUUUUAAAUCUGUCAUUAUGUUUCACAGUUGGAUGCUUAUAUUCUGUGUAGCUUAUUUUUGUAUUUUGAUUUCUGCUUGUUUAUGCUUUAUAAACUUUUUCAAAUUGGCUGAUAUUUUCAGACCCAGGCUUGAACCCUAAGGCCCAGGUGGCUUCUAUCAGUUGCAAUAGUGGCUUGGUGAAGCACUCCAGUUAAAAUUUGCCUAAUGCUAUGAAACUUAAUUUGUUGUGUUAGACAACAUCAGCAGCUGGAAAUUGUUUUGGAGAGAAGAUCCACCCAUCCUUAAAAUGUACAGGAAGCAGCUUCAGCUUUGGCUUGUUCUUGGUGCCAUGUUAAAGGAAAAAAACUCAUGAUUUUCACACUAUUUUCCCACUUCUCCCUUGUCAAACAGCAAGUGGUAUGAUUAUAAGAGACUGUGUUUUCAAGGAGUACAAAAACUCUUAUUGUUUAUAUCAGAGCCCUCAGAGACUGGAUUCUAACAGUCUGUUUGAUCCGUUUCUCCAUUCCACUGCUCUACUGUCAUUUCUACCCUGUGUAAUCAGUGCUAAGAGAUCAUUUUCAUGUGUUGGCAAAUGGAUAGUGAUCAACCCAAAUGGAUGACAGAAAGAAACAGUGUCAGAUGGGACAUAUGUUUUCUCUUGGAAUGAUUGUUUGUGUUCAUGUUCACGCUUUGGGUGUGCAUACUUCCUGUCAUUCAAGACCAGAUAAAUUGUGAAAAGAUGAAAAAACCAUGUUCAUGCUCUGUUAGCUUCACUCUGCCUUUUGCUCCAGGCACGAAUUCAUAGGACAGAAUGUGCAUUUUGCUAUUUCUGUUCCACUCACACAUGUGACAGAGAUCAAAUACUUCAAUUGUUCAAAAUCCAGUUCUCUGAUGUCGCUCUUUCCAUUCUCACUUCUUUGGCUUCUCUUUCAGUUCCUGGACAGUCGUGAUCCUGUUCACUUUCUCUACAUUUGCAGCUGUGUCCUUCAAGAAUCUCCACAGCAUUUGUUUGCUGCCUACACCUCGUCACAAAUCAUCAGUGACCAAGAUUUUGUAAGAGCACAGCUUGUAAAUUUAUUUUCAAAUCCUAUCUCUUUUGUAAUCAUCAAAUUUCACCUAAGUAUCUCUGAGAUAGAUGUUUCUACUUGUCCAUUAAGUUGUUAGCUCAUCAUUAGUCAAAAAUUCAGCUGUAGAAGUUUUUACUUCAAAAUUCUUUAAUUACUUCAAAAUUCUUCUUCAAAAUUCAGGUCCUUAGCAGCUAUGGCCAUUAAGACCUCGGGUCUGUUUUCCCGUAGACUACUCUGCCACCUUUGGUAUUGUCUGUAGCCUCCAACUUUUUAUUCCACAACUAUUUUAGGAGCUAUCUCCCUACAAGAUUUAGCUUCCUUAAAUAACUGAUUUUCUUCCGUACUUCUUCCCAGAUGAUCCGAGAUAUCCUUACUUUGCUGAGUUUCACGUGCAAAAUCAAGCAGCUAUAUAGAACCAACCUUCUCACUUCUUGCCUAUAGCAGUUACUUCUCUCUGUCAUGGGAAGGCAUGGCUUAGGCACUAGCUCUGAACUCUUCUGAGAUCUGUGCCAUGGAUACAGCCCGUACUGUCACCAGAUGUAGUCUCAUCUUGAUAUUAAGUACAUCCUUUUAGAACUCUCAUCCCUGUUUUUGUUCUCUAGUUUCUUCACUCAGGUUGUCACAGCCACCUCUGAAAACUGUAUAGAGGUUUGGUUGAUAGAGAUUUAAGUGCACAGUUAGCUCAGGAAAGGUGAUCGUCUUCGGAGGAUUGUUUGCAGUAACAGUGUUCUUCCAUCUUUGUCUGGCAAAUUACCAACUACUGCUGGCUUAGUAUGAACAUAGAUUGUUUUGUUAUCGUUGCCAGUCUCCCAUCCACUGAUUUUGGGAUAAUCUGUUGUACUCAGUUAUAUCUAGCAUGCUUUCUCAACUUCUUGGAUUGUAUGUUGGAUAUAGCCAACACCACAUUUGUAACUUUGAUGACUAAGUAGCAGUAUAUCAGACAUCUUGCCUCUAAGGUUUGGAAAUGUUCAGAGAAGUAUACAUUGCAGUUUAAGACCCUCCUUUUGAGGAGAUGAAUUUUGUCAGCUUCAGAAACAACAAAGUCUGGCAUCCUGUGUCCCUGGAAAAUAUUUCUUCUGCUUCCAACAAAUAAAAAACCCAAAGAUUUCAAGACUGGUCCUUUACUGCAAGCCAGAUACCGCAACCUUGAACUCUUUUCAGCCUCGGGUAUGCUAGGGCAGCCAAACCAUCAAAGGAAAUGGCAGAUAUUCCAUUGCCUUGGGUAUGUGCUGAUCCCAGCUCUCAGCACAACUGUCAUUAUCUUGGGAGCACCUGCAAUAGAGAAUCAGGAACAAAUCCAACAAGCUUGGUCUCUUAUUUUUUUAUCUCCCUCCACUCCUCAGCCUGAGGUCCACCUAUGUCUUUGUGCAUACUGGAUACUGCAAACUGAAGAUGACAUACCUAUUUUGUUUCUUUGCCGCUCUGCUACUCCCAUACCUGUCCUUUUUCAAUGACAUCUCCCAGAGAGUUUGCUUCAGUAAAGAGAUUCAGUAGGGAGGCAUAGAACUGUAUCCCCUGCAUCUCAGAGAGAAGGCUUUCCACGGUACAAGAGAGGGAAGGGAAGGAGAAUGGUGAACCACUUUGGACUUAUAAUAGUUGCAUAUCAGAGUAAUACAAUUAUCUACCUGCUCUUCAAAUGGGGUUUAGUUUGUUUCUCUUUGCUUUUAUGACAUUUACUUCCUUGUACUCAUCAAUGAGUUUCAUCAAAAGUGCCUUUGUUUACUGUGUCAAAGGAAAUUACCAGUACAAAGCCCCCAACAGUCUUUCAGCAUCUGCUUCAGUGGUGAGACUGGAUGACAUAACCAAGGUGUUCUCUUCUUCUGUCCUGCUCCUUGAUGUUUGCAUCAUCUCUAAGUUACAGAGUUUGUUUCAGAGAACAAAGAAUGAGGGUUGUUAGUCUUGAAAGAAGUAAGGUGCACACCAGAGUCCUGGAGGUUAAGGAAAUGCAAAGCUCAUACAAGCAUUUGGCAUCAUAUUCCAAGGUACUAUGCUCAGUCGAUGAGCACACUACAACAUACGACAUAAGGGAGGGGUAUGAGAUUGCUUCCCCUCUGGAAGCAGUUGACUUUUACUUGGCACAUCAAGUCUUAAGCCUGCUUUUAUGUGGUUCAUCUUCUUGGAUCUUGAAACAGCUUCACAGCUGGUGUGAGUGCUUCCUUCUGAUGGGCCAUCAAUGGGAGAUACUGCUGUGACACUAGACAGACUACUUAGUCUUGGAUGCCAAUGGGACUUAUUGAAAUUUCUGUCCUCAAGACUAGAUAUUCUCUUGGACAAGCAUGGUCUGUUGGAUAUGACCUCAUUCUGAGGUCUAGAAGGCUACUAUACACAUCUCUAAUACUGGUUCCACAGUGUGGCAGGAGGUUUUGGUAUCAAGACGUUUGUUUGCUAGUAGGAAUCUCAAUGCUGUGCCUCUCCCUCAUACCAGAAUAAGGAUAGACUUCUCAUGCGUGGACUUGAAUGGCUGGCAGUGCUGGACUAUUUCUCUUCUUCACCUUUGAUGGGGAUCAUCAGCUUGCAGUUGAGCUUACAAAGCAGACCAGAUUCUUAGCUUGUAUUCUUUCAGGCCUGUCCCUUUUACUAAGACAGUGGUUCCAGUCAUCCUGGGUUAUUUGCUGGAAACUAAAGCAAACUGGUCUCUGACUUAUUUUUGUUAAGGUUUACUUGAUCAAACUGCCAAGGACUUUUUUUGAUCAGUCCUACAUUUGCUGCUCAUGACCAUCCUGGGCCCAGUGUUUGAACCUUUGACAGGUUAUUUGCUGCAUCUAAAACUCUUUCUUUCUGGACACAUUAUUCCUACAGAUCUGUCCUGAUCUGUCCCCAGAGCAGCUCCUGAGUUUCACUUAAACCUGGGACUGACCUCCUUGUCUUCUUUCUAGAACCUUGUAUUGCCUGUGCUAAGCAGCAGGACGAUCUUAUUUUAUCUCUGCAGAAUCAGGCUUGUCAGACAGUUCUUGAGAUUGGGUAUGCCAAGAGCAGAAAAAUCGACAUUCAUAAUUUUCUUCAUGCAGAAACUGUUCAAUUGGAAAAGAUAUGGGUGAGGAAGAGUGUAAGGGAGAAGGUGAAAAGAGAAUGAUUGUUCACUGUUUUGCCCACUAAAAGAAGGAGGAGCAUCAAAUGAAAUGAGCAGAUGUCAGAUUCAAAGUAAGAAAAAAGGGCUGAUUUCUUCCACAGUAUGUAACUGACCUGGAGCACUCCUUGCCACAAGAUGUUGUGGAUGCAAAAAGUUUGUGGCUUCAAAAGGCAAGCAGACAAAUUCAUGAAAAAGAAAUCUAUUAAGGGAUAUUAAAUAUUAAAACUGAAAACAAACAGGACAUUUUUAAGACUCCAACUGCCAGAUAAGUAUUCCGGGGAAGUAUCACCAUGUGUUUUCCUAUUUUUAAACUGUCAGGCAUAUGCUGUUGACCCCUGACAGAGAAAAGAGUGGUGGUCCUGUUGUCUGACUUUGAAUUCUCGUGGAACAUGUCAUUGUCGUGGAAAGAAAGCAGCAUUGCCUUGGCUGUUCUAGUAGGCUGUACUGCAACUGUCAAAAUGAGAAAUCCAUACAGUCUGUGUUGUUGGGCUCUCUAGAAAAGUCUCUGUUGCUGACAGCUGACAAGUUGUCACACGCAGCUUGUCUGCACCUUCAGCUGGACUGGCACUUUACAUUGCAGAGGCAUUCAGGAUGAUGAAGCUUUUAUGAGCAUAAAAAACAUGAAGAUCCACAUCCAGGCAGCUGUGAUUUUGGGGGAAAAUGGGUUACUGUUUGGAAGUCAUCCACAAUGUGAAUGUGCAUAUAUGGUUAAUCACUUAAAUAUGGAAAAGAGAAUUACUUACCACUAACUGAAGCUCUCAAGUUAUCCUGUUCAUAAAUGUACUCACUUCUUGCCAUCUCUGUCUUCAAAAGUCCACAGAGCCCCUUCAGGGUGAAUAUGCACAACCACAGUACAUCUCAAAGAACUAUAGUACCUGGUAAAUGUUUUCUACCCUCUUUAGAACCCUACUGUCCCUUUCCAAAGAAUGAGAUCAAGUAUCCCUACUGCCUUAGAGAGGAGUAGUUAGGAUAUGCAAACUCAUCUUCUCUAAAAUUGCUGGAUUCUGACUUUUUGAAACAACCCCUGUGCCAUUUUAACAUAGAGGACAAACUCCACUGAACUAAAGGUGACAAAGAAGACAACAAGCCUGCCUGAGGAGUCUGCUCUGUCUGUUACCGUACCAAAAAAGGAUUUUACUGGCCCUCAUUGAGAAAGAGCUUUUACUGCUGUUUCCAAUUUAAAGGAAAGAAUCCCUGAUGACUGUGGAGACCCUGGUGAGAAGUCUUUGCCAGUGGUAUUCAGUGAAUCGUAGUGGUU